AUGGCUCAAAUGCAAUUGUCCGUGCCAGACGGAACGGAAGGAGUUAAGAAACGUGUCCAUGGCCGCCGACAUUCUUCAUACGAAGUUGAAGAAAAGAAGGGAGACAUUCCUGAAGAUGUUGUUGUUUACAAGUUUGAUAUGUUUCUCAGCCGUUUGGGGGAUCGGAUGAAGCGAAUUGAAGAGGUAGGACUUCCAACAAUAGAGGAACCGAAUACCACGUAUGAGAUAUUGGUAAGAUUACGAAAUUCCUUCAUUGGAAGUACCAUUUUGGGGAAAAACCAGGUUAUGUAUUUCCUUCGGAUGAUUGAGGAAAAGUACCAUGACGUGCUGGCUGCCUGUGAUUCAUUUCCUUCAAAAGCACUGAAGGCUUUAAAUGUUUUGGAAAGUUUACUAUCCGAUUUGGAAGAUAUAGCUAAUGUUGAGAGUCGAACAACGGUUGGUGAAAUUUUUGAAGAUACCAAAGAAAAACUUCAAAGUGCCAUUCGUGCAGGUGAGAGUCGACUUCUUAAAGUAGAAGAGGUUCCUUUAGAAUGGAAAAAUAACCCUUUCAUCGUUCGUGGAUAUCGGUUCUAUCCCAGUAAACGCCGAUGUAUUCGCUCAAUGCUUGCCCUCCAUAAUGAAACGUUUAAUAUUUGGACCCAUCUAAUUGCAUUCCUUGGAUUCCUCAUGGUCACGUCAUAUUUUUAUCCAUUGUCUACUUCUUGGAUUUCAUCUUCUGUAUCAAAUCGUAUUGUUCGUGUUUUCUUUUUAGUAUGUGCGAUGAAAUGCUUAGCUUGCUCGGUUACCUGGCACACGUUUUCCAGUUUGUCCAAGUAUGAGCACAUGCGACGUGCUGCUUGCAUGGACUAUGUCGGUAUUUCAGCUCUCAUUGCUGCUUCUAUUAUUGCAGUUGAAUUCCAUGCUUUCAAAUGUCACAGCAUGUUCCGUGUACUUUACAUAGCCGUCACUGGGUCGCUUGGGUGUAUAGGAAUAUAUAUGCCUUGGAAAGAAUGGUUCAAUGAUUAUAAUUAUCGUUCCUUUAAAAUCUUUUUCUUUGUUGGUUUAGCGUGUAGUGGGUUCUUGCCAUUACUUACGAUGUGCUAUAUCCAAGGCACUUCCAGCACGUUAAUUUAUCUGAAACCCGUAUUUAUGUCAAUUUUUAGCUAUAUUAUUGGAGUUAUUUUUUAUGCUUUACAUAUACCUGAAAAGUUAAAUCCUGGCAUAUUUGACAUUGUGGGAAAUAGUCAUCAAUUGUGGCAUAUUGCUAUUAUCAUUGGUAUAGGUUUUCAUUAUUACGGUAUAAAGACAUUUGAAACAACUCACAGAGGGUUCGCCUGUGAUUGUGUAUAAUAUUUAUUGCCGAUAACUCGAAUGAUGAUGACUAUACCAAGCGAACCCCCAAUCAUGCAUAUAUCGUUUUAGGAAAGGACAUAACAUGAA